GUGCAGUCCACAAGUGAAAGGAGUGUAGAAGAAUCACAGACCUCUGGAGGCUUUACCUCAGCCAUCAACCUGAACAAACACACACACGCACACAUACAGGCUGCUGAACACCACAAGACAGAAGUGCCUUCCUUGAUGCCCUGCAACUGUUUUGAUUUGUCAUACCACACGAGGAGCCCACGGAAUGCCCAGUACUUCCAACAUAUAGGAUUGUAUUCCUUCUGUGUGGGUGAAAGGGGACUGUCCUCUUGCUGUCCCUCCCUCUCCACUCCCCUGGUCCCUCUUCAAAUCGUGGGCCAACCAGAUCAAUAAUGAGUUUCGCCACCCAUCUCGCCUGACAGUUCAGCUAAGGAGAGAGGCAUAGGGAGGGACAAAGAGAGACAGGCAGAGAGAGGGAGGGCAAAAGUUGGAUCAGACUGCACAAAGCAAAUCUUUCGUCAGUGCCCCCAGCCCGAAGCCUGGGUGACAGGCACUGGAGGAGUCUAAAUCAGCCCCAGUAACAUGCUCUAAGGAUGGGCUACAGAUCCUAGGAGUCCCAGGUCCAUGGGCUCACCUCCACAAACCUGGAUAUAUUUUUUUAAAACACUUUAUUGAUUGGCUUGUUUUAAUACUGUUUUCUUCAGUUUAGUGCCAUCAGAAAAAAAAAACUCAAACUCACAUACAGUCCAAGACCUCACUUAUUGCCUGAAUAUUGGUCGACUACUCCUGCCUGGUUCAAAAUGGCGGUCAAUAUGACGCCGAUUCGGGACACAAAAUGGCUGACCCUGGAGGUGUGCCGGGAGUUUCAGAGAGGUACAUGCUCUCGACCGGACAAUGAGUGUAAGUUUGCUCACCCUGCCAAGAGCUGCCAGGUGGAGAAUGGACAAAUCAUCGCCUGCUUCGACUCUCUCAAGGGUCGUUGUUCUAGGGAGAACUGUAAGUACCUGCACCCUCCCCCCCACCUCAAGACACAGUUGGAGAUCAACGGCAGGAACAACCUGAUCCAGCAGAAGAACAUGGCCAUGCUGGCACAACAGAUGCAGCUGGCCAACGCCAUGAUGCCAGGCACACAGCUACAGCCCACAUGUAUGCCUAUGUUCUCCGUCACCCCCAGCCUUGCCACCAAUGCCAGUGCGGCGUUCAACCCCUACCUGGGUCCAGUGUCACCCAGCCUGAUGCCCGCUGACCUUAUGUCCAGCACCCCGGUCCUGGUGACCAGUAACCCCAACCUACCCAUGCCCUCCGCCGCUGCUGUCGCCGCACAGAAACUCAUGAGGACAGACAGACUGGAGGUAUGCCGGGAGUACCAGAGAGGUAACUGCACACGGGGGGAGAACGACUGUCGCUUCGCCCACCCCUCGGACAGCACCAUGAUUGAUACCAAUGACAACACGGUGACGGUGUGCAUGGACUACAUCAAGGGACGAUGCUCCCGGGAGAAGUGUAAAUACUUCCACCCGCCGGCCCACCUGCAGGCCAAGAUCAAGGCCACACAGCACCAGGUCAAUCAGGCUGCUGUCGCUGCUGCCAUGACUCAGUCGGCUGUCAAAUCACUGAAGCGACCCCUCGACGCAACCUUUGACCUGGGACUCCCUCCUGUUUUACCUCCAUUACCAAAGAGACCCACACUUGAAAAAGCCAAUGGUGCUACCACCAUGUUCAACGCUGCUGGCAUGUUCCAGUACCAACAAGCCCUGGCCAACAUGCAGUUUCAGCAGCAGUUUAUACCAUCAGGCUCAAUAUUGUGCAUGACACCUGCAACCAGUGUUGUACCUAUGAUGCACGGUGCUACGCCCGCCACUGUGUCUGCAGCCACCUCUUCUGCCACAAGUGUUCCCUUUGCAACUGCAACCGCCAAUCAGAUUCCAAUAAUAUCUGCAGAUCAUCUGACUAGUCACAAGUAUGUGACCCAGAUGUAAAUGACUAAUCCAGAAAAAUUGACCUAAAGUGGCCUGGUGUUCCGUCCCAGACAAAAUAUCACCCUUCAUGUCUGUAACUAGAGUACUUAGAAUAGAUUAUAUUUCUAUGCCUGUAACUUCCGGAACACCAGGAGACUACAACCAUCAGUAAACUGUGGUGGCACUGACAUGCAUGCUAACAUAGGAGGUCCAGUUGGUCAUUAGGUGGUGAACAGGUCUCCUCAGACAACACGCACCAUAAGGACAAAAACACUCUUUGGCCUCCUGCAGAAAAACCACUCUUUGGCCUCUACAUUACAGACAGCCUUUACAUCUAUGGAGGUGUCAUUCAUUUAACACACCGGACACACUUUGAAUGUCAAAUCAAGGAGAUGGAUGUGUGGCGUAGUUGCACCCACUGGUUUGGUACGUCAGUAGACCAAGACUUAUAUAUAUAUAUAUAUAUAUAUUUUUAUUUCAUUUUGUUUUAAUUGAUAUGUUUUUCAUGGUUUACACAAAAUAAAAAGGUGCACCUUGGAUUUUAGAGGGGAAAACAAACAGGAAAAAUAACCAAUUGCCAUAUUAGAAAGAAUGAAUUGUGCACUUACAGUGUAUCAUUCAUAAAUGAGUUCUUACAAGACAAACUUGAUUCAAAGGAAAGUGAAAUGUUUUGGGUCUACUACACCUUUGUACCUUUAAAGCACAUCCCAGCUUGACUAGAUAUGUUGCAAGCUCCACAAAAAGUGCCAUAGACUCUAUGUCCAUCCCAACCAAACCACAGUGUUAUUGGAG